GCGGUGGCGGCGGCUCGGGAAAGAGGGGCGCGGGUGACCGGCGCGAUGCUCGGCGUGUGGACGCGUCCGACGGCAGCCGGGCACUGAGCUGGGCGGGGCGCGGCAGCCCAGCCCCCGGCAUGGAGCCCUGGGGUGCCGAGCCACGGGACGUGUGGGGGGCGCUUCGUCCGAGCCCAUAGCGCUCCUGAAGUUGCGGCCGGCGAGCAGCGAGCGGGCGGCCGGAAGGGACCCUGAAGCGGCCGGCUCGCCGCGGAUGAGCCUCCGCACCGGCGGCGAGACGCGGCGGCGGCCAGGGCCGGAGCAGACGGCUCGCGGGGGCCGAUCCGGAGGAGAGCAGAGCCCGGGGCGCGGCACCGCGCCGCUUCGCACACGCACACGGAGCCAUGAGGUACCACGUCGCCAUCAGCUGCCACUUGGUGUGGCUUUUCGUGCUGAUCUCUGGGUGCUGGGGCCAGGUGAACCGUCUGCCCUUCUUCACCAACCACUUCUUUGACACAUACCUGCUGAUCAGUGAGGACACGCCCGUGGGCUCUUCUGUGACCCAGUUGCUGGCCCGAGACAUGGACAACGACCCCCUGGUGUUUGGCGUGUCUGGGGAGGAGGCCUCUCGCUUCUUUGCCGUGGAGCCUGACAGCGGUGUGGUGUGGCUUCGGCAGCCACUGGACAGAGAAACCAAGUCAGAAUUCACGGUGGAGUUCUCUGUCAGCGACCACCAGGGGGUGAUCACACGGAAGGUGAACAUCCAGGUCGGGGACGUGAAUGACAACGCACCCACAUUUCACAACCAGCCCUACAGCGUCCGCAUCCCUGAGAACACACCGGUGGGGACGCCUAUCUUCAUUGUAAACGCCACAGAUCCUGACCUGGGUGCGGGCGGCAGCGUCCUCUACUCUUUCCAGCCCCCCUCCCAAUUCUUUGCCAUCGACAGUGCCCGAGGCAUCGUCACCGUGAUUCACGAGCUGGACUACGAGACCACGCAGGCCUACCAGCUCACUGUCAAUGCCACGGAUCAAGACAAGAUCAGGCCUCUGUCCACCUUGGCCAACUUGGCCAUCAUCAUCACAGACGUCCAGGACAUGGACCCCAUCUUCAUCAACCUGCCUUACAGCACCAACAUCUACGAGCAUUCUCCUCCGGGCACGACGGUACGCAUUAUCACUGCCAUCGACCAGGAUAAAGGACGUCCCCGGGGGAUUGGCUACACCAUCGUCUCAGGGAACACCAACAGCAUCUUUGCCCUGGACUACAUCAGUGGAGCGUUGACCUUGAAUGGGCUGCUAGACCGGGAGAACCCUCUGUACAGCCAUGGCUUCAUCCUGACUGUGAAGGGCACGGAGCUGAAUGACGACCGCACCCCCUCUGACGCCACAGUCACCACGACCUUCAACAUCCUGGUUAUUGACAUUAAUGACAAUGCACCCGAGUUCAACAGCUCCGAGUACAGCGUGGCCAUCACAGAGUUGGCCCAGGUCGGCUUUGCCCUCCCCCUCUUCAUCCAGGUGGUGGACAAGGAUGAGGUGAGUCCCUGGAAUGCAGCCCUUCCCACUGUGCAGUCCGGGUGGGACAUUAGGCGUGUCUGGGCUUCUAGAUCCUCGGCUGUAAGACAGAUACAAACAUUGCUGCACCCCUUCCUGCACCCCUUCCCUGCUAUGUUCUGAAGAUGAAUAAGGCUAUAAAAAUCAGUGAGCUCCCAACACCCUGUAAAAAACGUUUGAGCACA